CUCCCUGCGCUCGCUGCCCGCGGCCCGGGAUGGAGGACGCGCACCGGGCCGCCCGCCUGGCCGCCUCCUGCCUCCGCACGCCGCUCGACCCGCGCACACGGGCGCCCGCCGCGCUCUACGAGCGGGGGCCGCCGCCCGCCGCCGCGCAGGAUAGCUUUGAUUUGGAUUCAAACACCAACAGAGAGCAGACCCCCCCUCCAAGGAGAGACUGUGACAAGUGGAUAGACUUCUCCAAAAUGUGCUACUCAAAUCAAGAGUAUUACUUGAAGCUGGAAGAGUUGAAGAAUGCCCACAUGGAGACGAUGGCAAAAUUGGAAAGCAUGUAUCGGAACAAACUGUUUUUAAAAGGAGUACAACCCUUGGAUAAGAGAAAUGACGCUUCUCCAAAGUGCUGUAGGCCAACUUGGGACAAGAGCUCAUAUCAGCCUCUUAACCUGCACAAAUCCUUUUCAGACUCAGACUUAAGUGAUCCCUUGGGCUCAAGUAUAUCCGAUGUGUCUGAUGGAGAAUUAGCAAUUGAAGAAAACGACAGUGAAACUGCAUCAUCCUCAUUUGCUAAGCAGCAGAUUGAAAAAAUGUGGGAUGGGUUCUCUCUGGAAGACUACAUCUCCCGUGCCAAGCACAGCUUACCCAACUCACCAGCCUGCAGGAAGGUGCACAAGAAACAGAAAGUGUGGUCCCCCAGAGUCACCGUGCCCAAGCCUUUCCAGAUGACCAUCAGAGAAGCUCAGAAGAAAGAGCAGAACAUCAAAUCCAAGUCGCAGAUCGAACUGGAAAAUCACUUACUGAAGAAGCAACUAGAGGAGGAAGCAGAGUGUCAGAAAAAAUUCCGAGCCAAUCCCGUGCCUGCUGCCGUCUUCCUGUCGCUCUACCACGACAUCAUGCAGCGGAACGAGGAGCGCAGGAGGUCUGUGAGGGAGAGGAGCAAACUCAAGCUCCUGGCUUCCCAAAAGCCAUUUAAAUUCAUUGAGCGAGAGAGGCAAAGGAGGGAAAUCAGGAAAAUGCAAUUAAAAGACGUUUCCCCGCCUGAAAAUAAAACCAAAGUGUUCAGAGCGAAACCAGUUCCUAAAUGUGUUUAUAGUCCAGAUUUCAGUGACAAGCUAAAGGAGGAGGAGCUCUACAGAGAAAUCAGGAUCAGGAUGAGAGCUGAGGAGCUGCUACGAAAUUCAUCGGUGCCCAACAGCAGACUGGCCUUAAAAGAGACCAACAAAAAGAAGAAACACAAGAGCAUUGAACCAAAGCGAACGGAACAGAAACCCAAGAUCAAAUCAAGCGUUCCAGAUUUUGAACUCCUACAUGAGAAAUUCCAGAAACGCCUCCUGCAACAAAAAAAAGUGAAACACCUCACAGUCUGUGAGCCUUUCGACCUUCGUACUUCGUACAUCCCCUCAAAAAAGGGCAAGAUCUUGAAGGACAUUCAAGAGGAUGAAGAAAAAUUGAAGGAAACACGGUGGCCAUUUGCCUCUCCGAGACGGAAACCUCAGAUGGGGCAGUCAGGGGCAAACCCACAUCUCACGGGAGGAGGAAAAUCCAAAUCUCCCAAAAACACAGAAUCCACGAGACGACGGCUACAAGCCCUAAGGAAUUCCCUUGAGGAAAAGAGAAAGCUGGAAGAACAACAAAAAAGGAACAGAACCAAGCAGAAACAAAGAACGAGAAAAUUCCAGAGAAUUGUAAUGGCUCGGGCUGAGGCCAAUGACCCACAUCAGAGCCUAGCUCAGAUGUCUAAAUCCAGAUUAAAAACAUUCAGGAACAACGAGAAGCAGAGAAGGCAGGAAUAUUUGCAAGAAUUGCAAGAAAUGCAAGAAAGAGUAAAACAGAUGCCGUUGCUUUUUGAAAGAGUCACUCAGAAAAAUGCCAGAAUAGCUGCAGAGAAGUAUUAUUCAAACAGACUGAGAGCACUGGGGAUCUGCCCAGAGUUUGUUUCAAAGAAGGGAGGAGCAGCCCAAUCACUGCAGUUCUCCACUGCUGGAGAUUUUACCUCCAUCGCUGUCAGAGAAAGAAUCAUCAAGGUUAAAGUGAAAAAAAGGGAAUCCUUUGAGGAAGCAGCUGAACACAAUCCCCAAUCUGUGCACUCCUGGGAGGAGGAGGAGGAGGAGGAGGAGGAGGAGGAAGAGAAGGGAAAAGGUGUCAAAACCUCCACCCCAGAUGAGCAGUGCAGUGAUCUGGAGGAUGGGGAUGAAGCCAGAGCCAGCCCUUAUGUCCAUGAGCCUGGGUCCAGCCCACCCUCAGGCCAGCACAGUGACGAGGAAGAGGAGGAGGAAGCAAAGUCAGGCCCAUCACUUGGUCAUUCCCAGGAGGAAGAGGAAGCGGAAGCCAAGGUAGACCUGUCACUUGGCCAUUCCCAGGAGGAGGAAGAGGAGGAAGAGAAAGCAAAGGCAGGCCCAUCCCUUGGCCAUUCCCAGGAGGAGGAAGAGGAGGAGGAGGAGGAGUCCAGAACCAGCUCUCGGUCUGAGGGGUCCCACGAGCAUGAAGAGGAAGCUCAGUCAGACCCCGAAGCUGAGGGUGCCUUCCAGUAUGAGGAUGAGGAAUAUGAGAGUGAUGAUUCUGAGGAGAAGCCCAGUGACGAGGAGGGUGACUGACAGGAAGGAGAUAGGAUGGGCUGGCACUCAGGAGCCUCUUCCACUGCUGGCUGUGGAACAGACACCAGAGAAACAAUUGGUGCUUUGCUACAAAUCCAAAAUUCUGUGGUUUUUUACCUCGUAGUUUAAGAGACCUGCCAGUGCAGGAAUUUUGGUUGUUUUCCAGUAAGAAAGCUCAAGUUCCUAGUUUUCACCAAGAAAAUAAUUUACUUUUGUAUUAAUCUUCUUUAUUGCACUCUUCUGUGACAUUAGUGCACCUCUGUUCUUGAAAUGAAUUCCAACCUCUCUGUUUAACAAUAAUGUUACACCGUGUGCUGUGUAAAUACUGAGGGCUCAUAACCAGCUCUUCCCACGGGCUGGCAAAGCCAGGGGAGAUUUUGGAGCAGGAAUUGCCGUUUGAUCCCUGUAAAAGGGGAAUCUUUUUACCUCAGGUAACUCUAGUUGUACAAAACUAUGCAAGGAAGUGCUUUAAUACCUCUUCUUAUACACUGGCUCCUCAGGACUUCAGCUACUCCACAAAACACUCUCCCAAAAAUGUUUGGGAUUUGGUUUUUGUCUUGUAUCAGUAGUACCUUCUCUUCCUGUUACUGACUUUCUUGCUAAAAAAUCUGUUGUUACUAUUUUUUCCUCCUUGUUUUGUUACACAGUUUCUUCAUGUUCGGAAGUUUUUUAAGCAUUAUUGCUUUUAUUUAUUUUUGAAGGGUGAAUAUAACUAAUGUGAAUUUGAGACUUUUUUAAAACUUGAAUAAAAUACCUGUGAAAAUAUUAA